UGGAAUCUGGAUGACGCGUACAGAUCACUCGCUCAACCAAACCUUUUGGUAAACUGCUUCACUACCUUCUCUUCUCAAGAAAAGGCGAGUUUUGCAUGGGAGAAGGUUGAUUGCAUGCGCAUGGUAAGGCUCCAUCAUUCUCUUGUCCUCUCUCCCCUGGGAAAAUGUUUUUUUAUCCAUUUUGUGGUUGUAGUUUGUUAGGAGAUUAGGUUCUCCAUCCCAAGUGCGCGUGCAACUGCUAAACUCUGCAUCAUUCCAUUUCGAUUUUCAACCCUAACGCACGAUGACUCAAUUCGACUGACUCGCCUUGGAAAACCCAAACCCGCCAAGCAUAUUCUCUUCCCUUGUUGGUACGUUAAUAUUGCCGACAGUACAAAGUACAAACCAGUUCCUCUGCCCAUCGUAUUCAGUCCAGUAAAUUGAAUUCUUUGCCCAGUUGGUAGGCCUGUAAAAGGAAUUGGGAUUUCCCAAAUGUGUUAAAUCCUUAAGGUUGUUUGUGUGCACGCAUCUCUGCUUCUUCUUCACCUUCACGCUUCGUCAUGAUAGAAUAGGCACAGUUUUGGCAAGCUUCUCAUGUGGUAGAGUGAGUUUGAAACCAAAUCCUUGUCCGCUCCCCGUCGUUGCCCUGUCAAUUUUGGGCGGCGUUUAGAAGAUUUUGCCAACUCCAACUCACUCUUUUUCUUUCUAAUGUUGGAUUGUUGAAUGAAAUUCCAAAAAACCACCCAAUUUCUUCUAGAAGUAUGCUUGUAAAUUCCAACUACAUUGAAGAUGUCUUGGAACGCACACGAGAUAAAAAUGCCGAAUUUGCAUGGGUUGCCCGCCAACUGGUCUGCGUCGUGAAGUAUCAACGUUUUUUUAAGUGAAAUGGUUUGAUGUGUACUGGAAGAAGAAGAUACCAUUGAUGAUUGUGAUGUCGUACCAUAACUGUGAGAUUUCAUUCACGCAAUUAGAUGACCCACUAGUGCCAUUUACGCUGCAAUGCCUAGGAGUUAGAAAUGAAAAUGUUGGGGUGUGAGGAAAUGGGGAGUUUGAUGAUCAUGGAGGGUGAGAAGAAUUUCGAAUGGAAGAGCACCUCGUUGGGCGCUCUGUUACAGUGGGGGUUGGGCGGUUGCAGUACACCUCGCUCGUCGCAGGAUUCGAGACGGGUGUCAAGAAGUGGGAACAUCCAGGCUAACAGAAUUGUUCCUCUUACUUUUUCACCUGAUCAUAUUGGUAAUGGAGUUGCUCCACUUGCUGUUCACCUUGAGAAGAGCUUAUCCGCGGCAGAGCAUGCAAUUCAAGGGCUCAGAUUCAUCAGCAAGGCUACUGGUGAUAAGGAAUGGCUUCAGGUCGAAACCCGGUUCGACAAGCUUGCCGGUCCUGAUGGCAAGCUGGCUCGCAAGGACUUUGGAGCAUGCAUUGGCAUGCAGGAUUCCAAGCAAUUCGCUUUGGAAUUGUUUGAUGCCCUUUCGAGAAGAAGGGCGCCAGAGCAGUUGCAGAGCAUCUCCAAGCAUGUCUUGCAUGAUUACUGGUGUCGUAUCACCGAUGGAAGCUUCCAAUCGCGGAUGCAGAUUUUCUUCGACCUGUGCGAUAAGGAUUCGGACGGCCGUAUUGCAGAAGCAGAGGUAAAGGAGGUAAUUCUGCUGAGUGCAUCUGCAAAUAAGCUUUCAAUAUUAGAGGAACAAGCCGAAGAAUAUGCAGCCUUGAUUAUGGAAGAGCUUGACAGCGACAAUCAUGGCUACAUUGGGCUGUCGGAGUUGGAAAGCUUGUUCAAAGGGGGAUUUGGACAUGAACGUAACCAGAGUUACAGCCAGUCGCUAGGGCCUCCAAAGAUGAGACGGGGUGUUGGCAACACCUUAAGGAAAGCGAGCGUUGUGGCCCGAAGUCAAUGGAAACGUACAUGGAUUAUUACGCUAUGGCUGCUAACCUGUGCUGCACUCUUCAGUUGGAAAUUUGUGCAGUACAAGCGGAGGGCCGCAUUUGAAGUGAUGGGCUACUGUGUAUGUACUGCAAAAGGCGCCGCCGAGACUUUGAAGCUCAACAUGGCUCUCAUUCUCCUCCCAGUCUGCAGAAAUACCAUCACCUGGCUCAGAUCUUCCUCUCUUGCCUCGCUUGUUCCCUUCAAUGACAACAUUCAUUUUCAUAAGGUAAUUGCGCUAGGUAUAGUGGUGGGAGUGAUCCUGCAUGGAGGAAGCCACCUUGCGUGUGACUUUCCGCGUAUAGUGAAUGCGGAUCGUUUAACAUUUUUUGGCACCAUAGCUAUGGACUUUGGUGGGCAGCAACCUUCCUACAUAGAGAUUAUGAUGACAACAGAAGUACUGACAGGCAUAUGCAUGGUGUUACUCAUGAGCGUAGCAUUUUUACUAGCUACUCCUUUAUCGAGGCGGAACAUUCUCUCUCUGCCAUGGCCUCUGCAUAGAUUUACAGGAUUCAAUGCUUUUUGGUAUUCGCAUCAUUUGUUCAUUAUUGUCUAUAUUCUGCUCAUCCUCCACUCCAUUCUGCUCUUCCUCGCUCACGAUUGGAUUCAAAAAUCGACAUGGAUGUAUCUUGCGGUCCCCAUGAUGCUUUAUGGAGGCGAACGGGCAUUGCGUGCCCUAAGGGCCAGGCGAUACAAAGUUCAAAUUUUAAAGGCGACGGCUUAUCCUGGAGGUGUGUUAUCUCUACGUAUGAAGAAGCCAGAGGGAUUCCAUUACAGAAGCGGCAUGUAUAUUUACAUUCAAUGCCCAGAAAUUUCUCCUUUGGAAUGGCAUCCAUUUUCUUUAACAAGUGCACCGGGCGAUGAGUAUUUGAGCGUACACAUUAGAAGUCUGGGAGACUGGACUGGUCGAAUUCGGAAUUUGUUUCAGGAGGCAAGUCCCCUGGCCCACAUAUGCGCGUGUGAUGUUUACGUUGAGGCCAUUGGCAUGAACGAGACCUGUGUUUCUAGUACAGAAGCUUCUAUCACACCAAGAUUAUACAUUGAUGGUCCUUAUGGGUCGGCAGCACAAGAUUACAGCAAAUAUGACGUGAUGCUUCUGAUAGGACUUGGCAUAGGCGCUACCCCUUUCAUCAGCAUCCUCAAGAACAUUGCCAAUAACUUCAACAACCCUCCUGCUUACCAUACUGAUGAUGUAGAACAAGGAAAGAAAACUGGAACAAAUGCUUAUUUUUACUGGGUAACAAGAGAGCAGAGCUCAUUUGAGUGGUUUAAAAGCAUCAUGAAUGAGGUUGCAGAAUUAGACCCCAAGUCUGUGAUAGAAAUGCACAAUUAUCUGACUAGUGUUUACGAAGAAGGGGAUGCUCGGUCUGCCUUGAUAACAAUGGUGCAGGCCCUGCACCAUGCCAAAAGAGGAGUUGACAUCUUUUCUGGAACACCGGUAAGAACUCAUUUUGCAAGGCCCAACUGGCACAAAGUCUUCUCCAGAUUAGCCAUGAGACACCAAGGCACAAGAAUCGGAGUCUUUUACUGUGGGCCAACUGUUCUGGCCAAAGAACUGAAUAUGUUAUGCAAGAAAUUCACGCGAAUAUCGAGCACCCAAUUCAUUUUCCAUAAAGAGCAUUACUAAAAUUCGUGGAUUCUUUAUAUUUUUAGCCUUGUUUCCCAGAUCCUAGCACAAGAAGAUAUUUUUUUGUUUGAUUUGCACAAGAAGCUAUUACUCCUGCAACAAUUCUGGCAAACUAACAUCCUUGUGCCAAAAAGCAAAGAAUUUGCGCCGCCAUGAAAGCUCAAUAACUGUACUCGUGUGCUUCAAGAUAUUCCAUAGUUUGGGAACUUGCAACAUAUAAAACAAAAUUUCCAGUGGCAGCUUUCAAACUGAAAAGGCUGCAAACAUAAAUUACCCAGAAUAACAAGAAUAUAGUGGAAGACCAGAUGCAGAUGCAGCCAGUAAAGCACAAGCACAACAUUCUCUUGGCUCUGUAUCCCAAAUAUCCUAAUCAUUUUAGGGAACAAUCUGGUCUAAGCUCAUUGGUUGCAUGGCCUUUGCUCGCCAUGCCUGCCCCAAAAAUAUUGUUAAUUAAUGUUCAAGGCACAUAUCCAUCCACAAAACUGUGCUUUAUAUUAAAUAAAUAAAAUACAUGUAUUUCAGGUUUUU